GUCCUGAAUUAGCACAUGUUGUAAUUAGAAUACAUGGAAUCUGUGUUAAUUCUGCAUCAGUUGAACGUUUAUGGUCAAGUAUGGUUGCACCAAUUAUUUCUAAUGGUGAAGAAUCAAAUGAAGAAAUCAAAGAUCUUGAAGAUAAUGAAUCAGAUUGCAGAGAAAUACAAGUUAGUGAUGAUGAUGAAGAUGAAAUUAACAUUAGAAAUGAAAUUAACAAUGAUGAAGGUGAUAUUGACAUGUGGAAUGAAAUCAACAAUAACAAUGAUGAAGAAUUAAAUUCUGAAGAACAAAGAUUGACUCAAUUGAUUGAAGAAUGGAUAGAAUUAGGGAACUGGGAGAAUAAAUUUGAUGAUGAAAAUGAUCAAAUAUUUUUAUCAACAGAAUGGAAUAAUGAUUUUAAUUUAGGAGAUAGAGAAAUACAUCUAGCUGAUGAUGAUAUAGCAAAAUGGAAUUUAAAUAUUUUGUUUGAAUCAUUAUUAGAAUCUCCCACAUUUUUAGGAUCAGAUGAAAUAUUUACUAAUGCAUGUUAA